CCUUCCGGCGCAGGUCUAAUGUCGUCACGUUAACCAGGUGGGCGCUUCAGUGACGUUACUGAGCCGCAGGUUACCCCGUCCCCUUGGUCGAAAACGGCUCGACUUUCGCCUGAGAAAGAGAGGAAAAAAGCGCACUACGUAGCUCUCUGUGCGCAUGCGCUGGAGUGCCGGUCGCUAAGCCCAGCCCCUCGACCGGGGCAGCGGGAGGUCGCUCGCUCGCUCGCUCAGGUAGGCCGGUUGGAGAGCCGCACCACCGCCGCGAUCAGCCCCCAGGAGCCAAGCCUUCCUCCAAAAGAGGAGGCCAGAAUGGAGGACAAGGAUUUGGAGGCAGAGAUCCACCCACUCAAGAACGAGGAGAGCAAAGCUUCAGAGGGCCAAGCAAACAGUGCCAAGAAGGAAAGUGCCCCAAAGCAGCCUGGCCGGCUUUCAAGAUGGCGCACAGCAGCCUUCUUUCUCUCUCUCUUCUUGUGCCUCGCAGUGGUGUUUGCCUUCUCCUUCGUUAUCCCCUGCCCAGUGAGGCCAGUUUCCCAAAGGACAUGGAGCAGAACUUAUGCCAAUGCAACAACUUACACCUUCCUGGCAGUGGGGGAUGUGAACCAGGACAGAGUCCAGGAUGUCCUCUUCGCUUUCCAGGCUUCCAACGGGAGCAGCAGCGGCGUGAACGGUUCUUGCUCCAGUGAAGGCUUUGCCUCCCCCUGUGCCUUCCUGACAGCGCAGUCGGGCACAAAUGGGUAUACGCUCUGGCAGAGACCCGUUGCUGAAGACCUCCUGCUGAUGGAUUGCUCGACUGAACAUGAUCAGGCCCCAGCCUGCCUGGUUAUAGGGAAGCCAGACCUCUUUGCAGCCAUUGACUUGGAGACAGGGCAAACUCUGUGGCAAGAGGCUGGCAACUUUGAACCUAAUUCAACAGUGCUGAGUCCCUUGUUGAAGAUCCCAGAUGUUACUGGAGAUGGUGUGUCUGACCUUUUGGUCUUCUCUGAGGUGGGGGAGGAGAUUCAAAGCCACUUCUAUUCGGGAAAACAUGGUACCCAAAUGGGGUCCAACAGAAGCUUGCACAUUCCAGGGAGGAUUGGCCACCUCAUGCAAGUCACUGAGACGGGGGCCCACUACGUGCUCUUCUACACAGAAAAGGCUGUAUAUGGCUACUCUCUGAAUGAGCUCUACCACAUGGCAUUCAACUCUCCAGCUGACAGGAGCUUUGGUCUGAAAGAAGACCCACGCUGGGCAAUCGCAAUUGACCGCACUACCCACAAAGUCUCCUUGCUCAGCUCUGGAGAAAUCCACUACCUGACAAAGAUGCCUGUGAAGUCAGGGGCCGAUUUUUUGGUUUCAAGAUUGAGCACGCUGGAGCUGGUGGAUGGGCAGCGCUUGGGCUCAGUGUGGGUCACUGACAUACCCCACAUCCUAAGUGAGCCAGUGCUUGGAUCCUAUGGAACUAAUGAGGUUGACAUUGUCAUUGAAAGCAGAGUCUCCCCCAAGAAGAAGAAGGUCAUGAUUGUGGAAGGCCCAUCUGGAGAUAUUGAGUGGGAGGCAGAGGUGCUGCUCUCGGGGGUGGGGAGCCCCAGGCCAGCCACCCUCGCUACUGCCGAUCACAGAUCAGUCUUCCUCUUCUGGGGCACGUACCAGGGCGACACUAAUGGAACAGAACCCUGGGAAGGGGCCCAGCAGCAGCACCUGUACAUGUUCCACCCGUCCUUCCCCAACGUCCUCUUAGAGAUGAGCAACAGCACAGAGCCAGUUGUUGCCUUUGAGGGGGUGCUUUUUGAGCGGAGCCGCCAUGCCUGCUAUGUGUUACUGACAGGGCCCCAGGCCGGCAGUGCUCCGGGGCAAGUGGUGCUGUCAAAGCGGAAGCUGAAAGAGGACAUUGUUGGCAGCCGUGUGAUCUGGCUCAGCCAGUUGGCCCAGGAUACUGAACAGAGCGUCCGGGACCGCUUCCUCCGGAUGAGAUACCGCAGCCUUCGGUGAGCUCUGGCCAGGUUGGGGUGCAGGGAGAGGCCAGCCCUGGAGGAUCCAAGUUGGCCACAGGAUUCCUGCAGUCACCCUGCUGGUCUGCAUCACCAGCCAGAGAGAGAACAGACUUGAGACUGUGGAGAGGGCUGUGAACAGUAGAGGCUGGUUCAAAACUAGCAUGAGGGGGAGGUGCCUUGGUCCUUUUCCCUGGUCGGCUACUUGCAGGUUCUGUAUAUGUGGAGGCAGUGGGUUAGGCCUUCCUCCUCCACCAAAGGGAUCUGUUAUGGGAGAGAGCUGACUUGGCACCUCCAGAGGUCUCUUCUACAUAAUCUGGGUAGCUCUGAAUCAAGAACGAAGCUGGAAUGCAGCCCUGUCCCAGAGAUUGGGAGAACUCUUCAGUAGCAGAGAUACUGGUACUGAGGUUGUGUGCUUGGCUGCCCUGAUCCUGGCUCCUCCCUUUUUACUUGCUGCUGCCUCUGUGGGCAGGUCACCUGAGUGAGUCUCCUAGUGGCCUUUUAGAAAGGCCAGUGGCUAGUGCCCUGGGGCCCUGAGCUGUAGCUUCUUCAGGAGCAGCCAGAAUGAGGCAGUUGGUUUCUCAUUCUCUUCCCCAGAUCCUGAGAGCAGCUCUGUUAGAGGCUAACGUAAGAGCAUCCUUCCUGGAGAGAGAGCCUGCACCUCUGCUUGCUUCUGCCUUAACCGCUUGGCAGGUGGAGAGGCCCAUCCAGAACGGGGGGAGGGGGUGUUGGUGGGAUGCGCUGCAAGGAGCAGGCUCAUGUCUCAUGCCCAUCCUCUAGCCUCCAUCCCUGACAAGUGCUGCUUUUUCUUCUGGGGUCUUAAGGAACAUUGAUUGGAGGUUUCAGUUAGGCACACCUGGCUUUGCCACUCUUAAUUUAUUGCGUCUGGGGCAUUCAGGGACUUGGACCGGCCUACUGUUGCUGUGGUUUCAGUAAAUCCUCAUUUUUGUCCACAA